UAUAUAUCACCUAGCGGAGACGUGGAACGCGGUUAUGUCAACGCACUGUUAUUCUUUCCAUUUCUCUCUCUCUCUCUCUUUCACACACACACACACACAGAGAAAUGAAUUUCUUCUUUUAAACUUCACAUUGGGUCUGAAUUCCGCUCAUAUCCAAAGGUAUUAGUCUCUCCCUGAGUAAUUAUAACAGUUGACUGCUUUGGAAGUAAAGCUAUUAUUUCAAGUUUUGGAGUAAUCAAGUUGAAGAAGAUUUACCAUUCUUCUUUUUCCCACCAUAAUUUCAAGAGUGGAGAGUUGAUAAAGCUGAUUGAAAUAUGGCAACUUUUGUGAGGAUUACAGUUCUGAUGUGGGCUGACAUACUAGCAGCGUAUGCUAUGUGGGUGAUGAUGACAUACUUAACAAAUGUUUGGAAGCUUAAUUUGACACACGCUGCUGCGAUUAUAAACAUUUGGGGAGGUCUACCGUUCAUAAUGCCAAUAGGCUUUGCCUUCCUUGUUGACACAUUCAUGGGUCACUAUGCAAUGCUCUUGGUGUCCAGUAUUGCCUAUAGCAUUGGGUUGGGCUUCUUGGCUAUUUCUACACCACCAGUUCUUUCUAAAUCCUUAGGCAACUGCAGUGCAUACAAGCCAGAAUGCAUCGGUCAUGCACAAAAAAUCCUCUAUUACACUGCUUUAGCUUUCAUAGCCGUGGGGAUUUCUGGUCACGCAGUCUCUUUGUUUUCAUUCCGCACUAAACAAGUUAAUGUCCAGACAGAGGACGAGAACAAGGACAAGGACUUUGGACGGAAACUUGCAUGGCAUUGUGCAGGCAACUUUGCCGUGCCCAUAAUUGGAGGUAUUGCACUUCCAUAUAUAAAGCCAUGGUCAAUCCUGUUUGGAAUUCAAGCAAUAUGCACCGCGGUGGCAACACUUCUAUUCUUGAGUGGCUCAUACAAACAUGAUAAGCGACGAGGGAGCCAUCUCACAAAUUUGUUCAGAGAUUUUGUGGCUUCUGCUUCAAAGAUAUGGCACCAAUGCCUCAGGUCGGCUCCCACUGCAUUGCCAACCGGCCCAACUAGAAAAGAACAGGAGAAAAAUAUAGAGACAGUCAAAGAUAUCAAAAUUGGUAUUCGCAUGAUUCCAAUGUGCAUGACUUUCAUUUUUUUUGGGGUGGUAAUAUCUAUUGGUAAAACUUACUUUAUUGAGCAAGCAAACCACAUGAACCGCAAGUUGGGACACUGGACCGUCCCUCUUCCAAUAUUUUUAACUUUUAAUAUCUUAAUAAACUAUGAGUUUGGAAAAGUUCGGCUUAGUAGAUUAUAUUGCAAAAUAGAGAGAAGAAUCUUUAGCGGUUCAGGAUCACAACGAUAUGGUCCCCCAACUGGAAUUGCCGUAGCAAUGGUAGUUUCAGUACUGUGUUGUAUCACUGCUGCAAAAGUGGAAACUCAAAGGCACAGUGUGAUUAAGAGCCAUAGUUUACUUGACAAGCCGGAUGAGAAUAUCCCAAUGAGCGUAUUUUCGCUGCUUCCACAGUUUCUCCUUCUUGGCAUGGUUGAUGGAAUAUCUAGAACUUGCAUUGAUGAAUUCUUCCAAAAUCAAGCCCCUGCCCCCAUGAAAAGAUACCUGACACUUUUUACCCAUGUGUUAUUUGGUCUAGGAAACAUGGCUAGUGUUCUUUUGGUAUAUAUGGUGGGUAAGGUUAGUGAGAAGGGAGAGAAACCAAAUUGGUUCCAGGACACCUUAAACAGGAGUCGUUUGGAUAACUAUUAUUGGACACUGACAGUUUUAAGUUGUGUCAUUCUUGUGUUGUAUAUAUUGGUGGCACUGUGUUAUCCUUAUAGAGAAUCAGCAUCAAAAGACGUGGAAGCGCCACAGAAUCAAGAGUCUGCUCAACCCAACGAGGACGACAUCCAAUUUUGCUGUUGUUGUGACUACUUAUUUUUUAAGUGGGUUCCUCGUGUAAUUUAGUGUUCAUUUAUGUUGUAUUUUUGCAAUUCCAAAUAUUGAAUAAUGUCUAUCAUUUUGCAAUUCAAUUGUUUCUCACCUUCCGUAAAAAAAAAAAAAAAUCAAUUGUUUCUUCAAGUAAAAGCAUGUUUGUAGAAUUUUAACAAUUAUACAAAAGACAUUCACCAUUGAUAUCCCAAUAUAGUCAUAACUUGGGGAUUAUACUGCUGCAGCCUGUAGGAGA